AUGCUAAAUAUGCCAAUUUGUACGCCAAAACUACGCCAUCACAUUGAGCUACUUAUCCGUCGUGAUGCAGCCAAGUUCUCGCAGCCAGUAGACGAACGCGCUCUACGUCGUCGUGUGGAUGAUUACUACCUACCGAUGUUCUGUUGGACGACGGAAGUUCUUGAAGCUGUGCAGAAAAGGCAAGGUGGUGACAGACGCUGCGUCUGCAUCGGUCUGAGCUGCCCACAAGGUGGAGGAAAAACCACGGCAUCCAUGUACAUGCAGGAAGCGCUCACGCUUAUGGGAAAGAAAUGCGCCGUCAUGUCACUGGAUGAUGUAUACUGUAAGUAUGAACAACAAGUGGCCCUUGCGAAAGCCAACCCCGACAACCCACUGCUUCAGUACCGUGGCAACCCUGGUACAAUUGACGUGCCUUUUCUGAUGGACUUGGUUCAACAGUGUAAAACCUCUACUGGAGAGAUCGCACUGCCUCGCUACGACAAGUCGAGGCACAACGGUCGUGGAGACCGUGCUCCUCUAUCUGAAUGGGAUCGCAAACAAGGGCCGUUAGAUAUGCUGCUUCUCGAGGGAUGGUGCAUGGGUUUCCAAGCGAUCAACAACUCCAGCUCCAAACUGAGUGAGCAUAUGAAGGCCAUUAACAUGGAGCUGCGCGAUUUUGACAAGUUAUACGAGCAGCUGGACGCCCUCAUCCUUAUAAAGAUUGACGACUUAAAGUGGGUCUACAAGUGGCGUGAGCAGCCAGAGCAGCUACUGCGGGAAGCCAAUAAACCAGCCAUGACUCCCAACGAAGUGCGCGACUUUGUCGAUCGCUUCAUGCCAGCAUACAAGACGUAUCUCAAGGAACUGUACGCUAACCCAAAUCACUCAUCAUCAACAUUAGCUAUGGUCCCUCGUCUCGUUUUCUCUAUUACAGCAGCCAGAGAGCCAGCGGCAAAGCCCAUUGAGUUUAACUUUACGUCCGAAGCGCUGAAAGAAUAG